AUUUGUCAAUCUCAAUUCUCUCUCAAAAUGUUUUGGGGUUUAACGCCGGCAUUAGACUUCCAAGAGGAAAUAAGAGCAAAUGGUAAACAUGUCGACGAAAUAAACAUUUUAAUUGUAGGUGGACAAGACUGCCGGCACAUCAUCAAAACUUUAGCAGGUCGAUACAAGCACGAGAAGGUGGUGAUUAAUUUUUAUAUUUUGGAAGCCGUUCUGGAAACAGUGGCGAAACAACUUCUGCUACUAAAUAUCGCACUUCAACCCAAGGAGGAGCUUGGUUUAGUUCAAAAAGCUAGGUACUUCAUGGAGCUGUACGGAAACACGUUGGUGCGACCGGCAGUUGCGAAGUAUUUAAAGUUGAAGGCUAGUGAUCUUGUAGAAAUGAUUACGAAUGAGUCCUACUUGAAAGAUAUAAUGCCAUUUGUGGAUGUACAGCUGAAGUACAAGGAACGUGAUUAUUUGGAGAAUGUGUUCAAGUUUUGGUGCAGUGUCGACGAUUUUGAUAUUUGCCUCUCCUGGGAUCGCCGUUUACGUAAAAGUUUAGGAGUGCGUUAUGACACUAGGAUGGGUGUUUUUGAUUGGGAUUUACACAUGCGCUUACACCAUGUUGGUGGUAUACAAGUCUGCUCGCAAGAGUACAAACACUGGAGAGCAACUGGUGUGGCAUUUACCUGGCUGGAGUCGGAAGUAUCAAAAUCAAACCGUUCUCUUGUAUGUUGCGUUAUUUCUAAUGGCGAAAAGUAUGGGCAUUACGGCUACUUAGGGGAAAUGGAAACUGGACCAUACGUCGCUUAUGGAAUAGACUGCGAAGAUCUCGCCUUCCUAAAAAGGCAGCACGGGACAAAUUCUCAUAGGAGUACAGACGUAACCGAACGAAAUUUGCGGCAGUACUUUUACGAGCUUGAAAACGGCGAAGAGUACAUUCACACUAAAGUAAAUAAUCUUAAUUUGGGAGCGUCCACCUUUGCAGUCUCCGAAAAUAAAGUUGUCGACUGCGGCACUGCGGGCGAUAUUGUAAAAACUCGGAAACCUUGCAGAUGUCUUAAUAUUGACGAUGUUAAGGUAAAGUUUGUGACCAUAAAUGCUUUAUCGUCGAUGAAACACAAAGAAAACUUUCACAAUUUUUUCAAUCUUUUAUACUUUGGAAGCACGUAUCUAAAAUAUUUGGAUGGCGCCGUGGUGGAAUUAAUUGCUGCACCUGAUUCUGUGUUAAUAAUUGAAAAUCAAAUGUUUGUUUUAACUCAUCGUGAUAAAGAACUAGAAGAAUUUGAAAAGCUUAUCGAGGAAAAAGUUCAAUCUGUGGAGCAAAAAACGUCUGUACCGUUUAAUGUUAAAAAAGACCAUUAUGCCAAAUUUGUAUUAAAAUCUUAA